GAGGCAGAGGGAUUGUCCCUGUUCAUUAGCGCAGGGGACACCGGUGAUUCAGAAGCUCCUAUAGCCGGAGGGGUCGGAGACGUUCCAGAUGUACCUGCUCGGCUGGUAGAACCGGAUUAUUGGCCUGGGGGAGCUGCCAUAUGUGUGUCGCAGGGAGGCCCCAGUGUCGGUGAGACUGAUCGGAACAUCCGUGUGUGUGAGACUCGUUCCCUCCCGAUCCCGGGCACUGCCACUUCUCCCAGUCUUCUGCUGUUGCCUCACUGUCAUCCCUCACUGUCAUCCCUCACUGUCAGUCCUCACUGUCAGCCUUUGCGCCAUGUCCCGCGACUCCGUGCAGAUCCCUGACGAUCGGGACUUCCAGAACUUCAGGAGCGAGUGCUACUCUGACGCCGGUUGGACCAUGACUUACAGCAAAUCCGGGGUCACCGUGUGGAUCCAGAUCCUGGAGGAGGAGAGAGCUCUGCACAAGAUCAGGUGCAAGAUGGAGUGCAAAGAGGUCUCGGCAGAGGUGCUGUAUGAUGUCCUGCAUGAUAUAGAGUACCGCAAGAAAUGGGACUCCAACGUCAUCGAGACCUUCGAUAUUGGGAAACUGACCGUCAAUGCUGAUAUUGGAUAUUAUGCCUGGAAGUGCCCCAAACCCCUGAAGAACCGUGAUGUCAUCACACUGCGCUCCUGGCUGCCAUUCGGGAACGAUUACAUCAUCAUGAACUAUUCCGUGAAGCACGCGAAAUACCCUCCAAGAAAGGACUUGGUCAGAGCUGUGUCGAUCCAGACUGGGUACCUAAUCCAGAGCGGAGGCCCAAAAAGCUCCACCCUGAUCUACCUGGCACAGGUUGAUCCCAGAGGAUCCUUGCCCAAGUGGGUUGUCAAUAAGUCGUCACAGUUUUUAGCUCCCAAGGCCAUGAAAAAAAUGUACAAAGCAUGUGUGAAGUAUCCUGAUUGGAAGAAGAAACAUAAUCCCCACCACAAGCCAUGGCUUUACCCAGAGCAGAGCAACUUGCCCACCAUCAGCCUCGCGGACGUGACCAUACAACAUGCCGACUCUCUGGAGAACAUUGAUGAGAGCAGUGCCACAGAGACCAAAGACGACCGGGGAGAUGCUAGUGAUGAGGACAGUGUCAACUGAAAGUCCACUCAACUCUCAACUUCUUGUUGGUGUCGUCCUGAUCAUUAUAGUUGGAAAACAAUGGGAUCAAUGAUAAAAAAGGGACACUGUAAAGGGGGGGAAGAUACGACCCAAUGCAGCGCAGGGGGACUGGGAUUCGGGAUUUGUUGCACUCACUGCUGCUUUAAUGGGAAAGGUGGGAACAGGUGAUGAAUCUCUUUUGCCUUGCGGCUUUUAUGGUCUCCAAGAAUGUCUACCCUCCCGCCUAUUUUUUAAAAAAUGUAUGUUAAGUAUGUCCAAUCUUUUCA